AACAUUUUAGUCCUCGUGUUUCACCCACGUUGGUUGGAAGUAUCCCAAAAAUCAUAACACUCGAAGUACGGACGGAUUCCGACGCGAAUAACUAUGAACUAUUCUACACAAACUGUGCUCCUCAUAAUAUGUGCACAAUGUGUGGCUGUGAAUAUCCAAAAACUAACAGUACCGGCGCUGGUAGAAAUAGGAGUGGAGUCUGUGGUUCUUGACUGCGAGUACAGCACUAACACGGUGUCAACUCCCGGCCUCGUGGUGAAGUGGUUCUUCAAUGGAUCUUCAGGACUAGUGUACCAAUGGAUACCACCACUGAGACCCCAAGUUAUAGGUCUGCUGAAAGGCAAAGUCGAUAUGGAUUUUAAAAUAUCCGACGAGCCCUUACAAGCGUACCGCGCUAUCAAGAUACUGAAACCCACGACUGAUCUAAGCGGGAACUACACUUGUGUUGUAUCAACCUUCAUAGAAGAAGACCGUCAGACAAGAUCUAUGCUUGUAUACAGUCCGGGUAGAAAUUUUGAUUUUGUUCAAGAGAAGAAGUAUGUGUUUCUAGUAACUUUGAUAUGCACGAUGGAAGAUGUUUACCCGAAGCCGGAAGUAGUGAUAACAGCUCAGGGGAUACCUUUAAAGCAAUCUGUGUCGGAAAUGAAAAUGGACUCAUGGGGGCUGUACACGGUGACCGUGAAGACAGUAGUCCACGACGAUGACGUCACCACACCUUACCAAGAAUACGUGUGUACUUUAAGUAUACCUUCAGCAAAUUAUACAAUCUCUAAAACAACUGUCUACUAUCCAGGUCUGAUGCCAACGACUUACAUAGCAGCCUAUGAAAUUCAGAAGCCUCAAGAACGUCAAGCCAAUGGUAUUGUUGGUUUAUCGAGAAGCUUACAUCAGUUCCUAGCCGUGAUUAUAAUUAUUUACAUGUAAUGUAUUAAUUUUUUUAAAUGUUUUGACACUUUUAUGCGUAAAUAUAUAUACAGAUAUAACCUGACCAUUUAAUAUAUAAUAUAAAAGGGUAUAAAGUGACUCUCAUCCGUAAAAUGUUUGUAAAACUUUAUUUAAUGUAAUAGCAAGUAGGAAAUAAAGUAAUUUGAAGUCACCAGACCAUGACUAUGUCUCGUCCGCAAUAACAAAUAUAUUAACCUUAUUUUCUUGAUUCGCUGAUCCGGUGGGAAUUCGCUAGGUUCUUUUAUCUGUCCGUCUACAAUCUUUAAAUUUACCUUUAGUACGAGAUUCGGUCUUUUACUUAAAAACUAACCGUUGCAGUGUGAGAAACAUUCAUAAUUUAACCGAGAUACAACUGAAAUGUUUGGUUUAAGGUUGUCAGCACAAAAUCGUACUAAGGGUACUGAAAAAUCACAUAAAAUGAAAAGAGUAAUAGUAAUAGGUUAUAUAUAUAACCUAUUACAUUAUAUAUAUAUAUUGCCUUUCAUUUCAAGUGGGUUACGUAAGUUUUACAAACUCUUAUAAGAGAACUAAGUCGGAUACUUUAGAAGUUAUUGUUAACUUUAAACUCAUACUUAACAUCCUCCAUAUCUAAAUUUACCGGAAUUUUAUACUUUUUAUAUGUUUUAUAAGACGAUUUGUUAAUAAUAUACAAUAAAAUACAGGCUAUUGUUAUGUAGCGACGCUUGUUAAGUCUUUUAUAUUCUGUUACUUUGAUAAUGUUGUUUAAUUUGUUUGUACAAAUAGCGAAAGUCGAAAUUAAUUAUAAAUUCGUAAUAACUCAAUGUUAGCAUUACAAAACAGGAGAUAAUAUUAUAUCAAAACCAAUAAACAAUACGUACACGAGCUUAAUAGAGCCUAAAUGUUUUAGCUGUUUUAUUAUGUUGUUAUUAUGUUGAAUUAUUUAAUAUAUUAUAAUUCUCGUAGCCUAUUAUGUUAUAGCCAAAAAAGUUCUCAAGCAACAGAACACGUUGUGAACAUUCCUAUUAAUUAAGCUGUAAUAAUUUUAAGUGGUAAAUAAAUAAAAAUGUUUAUAA